GGAAUAUGGGAAGGAAACCAUAUGCUGCAAAGAGUAAAGAAAGAGCUCCCAUGAAAUCUGAAGAGAGGGAGGAAUUGCCGCCUCAAAUAACAAAUCCUUCUUCGGAGAGAGCAGAAUUGCGGUCUGUUAGUGAAAAAACAAAUCAAUCCUUGGAGAAAGUAGAACCACAACCUAAAAUGCAAGCGAAUUGUGGUAAUGUAUCUUCAAAAAGGAAAGGGAAGCAUGCUGUUAGUGUUAAUGUUAGGCGCUCUGUACGACUUCAAGGUACAAUUGUGCAUACUCAUAACCAGGACAUUGAGCGUCUGAUUGAAGAGGUAGCUCUUAGCGAAAGUGACAAAGAAGAUGAACCACCAUCAUAUGAGGAGAUGGAACAGCCUGAACCAACUACGGAAGAGAAAAACUUGGAAGACAAAGUUGACUACAUAAUACAACUAAUAGAAGGUCAACAAAGCAAAUUUUCCCCUCAUGAGAGCCAAUGUAUGUGUCAUGCCAAAUAUAAAAGCUUGUAUUUUGACUCCCAAAAGAAGAUUGAAACCUUAACAAAUGAAAAUCAUCGGCUAGCUUUGAAGUUAGAAGAUGCGCUGGACAAAAUUGAAGCAAAUGGGAAAUAUGCUCGAUCAUAUUCAGAACUGGUGGAGAAAUGGAAGGAUAUGUUCUUGGUCGCAAAUUUAACAAAAACUGUGGAAAAUGCAAGACAUGAGCAAGAGGCUGGUUGCGAAGCCAAACCUUCAUCAUCUAAGAGGAAGAAACUUGACAAAUAAAGUUAAAAGAACUGAUAUUCUUCGUAUAUGUUAUUCCCAAUCGGUUGAAAAUCUAUGUUGUGCUUCAUAGUACUUGUGGCAGUUCUGUUAUAUCUUGGCUUUUAGUGGCCAAGUUUAUUUUGAAACCGAGUCAGGCUUUUAGCUCUUGGUAGUUUGGAGCAUAUAACAGUUUUUACUGGUCUGUCAUGCCUUAGUUUGGUCGGAUGGAGCACAAACCCUGUACUCUCUUUUAAAGAUUUGAUGUAUAACUUGAUUGCUUAAACUGGAACCAGUGUCAUCUUAUUAUGGGAAUCAGACUUUUGAAACUUAGUAAGAACCUGGGGUGUUAGUAGUUUUGAUGGGAUAUUUUGCUUUGUUUGAGACCCUGAAUUCUCCAAGAUAAGAAAGGAUUUAAGUGUGCAAA